AUGGCUACUCUCGGCACUCUAAAGCAAGCUCUCAGACAGAAAUGUACAGCAGCAAAGUUGCCCUCCACACAACCAUUGUCCGACGCACAAUACAGCGCUGGCUUCGAUAUCUUACUGCAAGACUUGGGAUGGAUGACUUAUCAAGACUUCAUCAUCCCUCAAUUAUCCCAGCUAUUAGCUUCUCUUGUCGACUCGCGCCGCCAUAUUUCAGUGCUGGAAAUCGGACCCGGCCCUAAAAGCGUACUUGGGUAUCUUUCUGCUCCUCUGAGAAGGGGAAUUAGGAGAUACUCUGCAGUUGAGCCUCGUGGCUUGUUUGCUACAAGAUUGGAAAAAUGGGUUUGUCCUUCCUCGGAGACGGAGUCCCCUCUGCCCUGCCUGGAGAGCCCGCCCGGCAUCUACCAAACCUCCUUCAACCUCGACAGCGACUUCACAAGCAGCGGGACCGGCACCAGUCGUGAUGAUGAGAAGUUUGACAUCAUCCUAUUUUGCCACAGCAUGUACGGAAUGGAACCAAAGCGCAGCUUUAUUGAACGGGCGCUGGAGAUGCUUGACGACCGGCUACAAGGCGGAAUGGUAGUAGUUUUCCAUCGAGACGGAAGCUUACACCUCGACGGCUUAGUGUGCCAUCAAACGACCUGCUACCCUAUCGGAGUCACUCGGGUGACAGAUAACGAGGAGGUGCUGGACUGCUUUGCUCCUUUCAUUGCAGGAUUCAUCAUGCUUGAUAUCGACAUGGACAAGAGAGUCCGAGCUGAGUGGCGUGAGGUGUGCCGUGCCUUGGGUCGUCGUGACGAAGACCACCCAGACCAUCUUGUGUUCAGCUCUCCCGAUGUUAUGGCGACCUUUACCAGAGGUGCAACCAUGUUGGGGGAGCUGACGGCACAGGUGCCGUUGGUGUCGAUCCAAGACAAGACAAUCAAGAACCGGGAAGCUCGCCUCCACCGCCCCGCGUCGAUUGUUCGGCCGACAGAGAUUCUACACGUCCAGAAAUGCGUGCGAUGGGCUUUGAAGUAUAAGGCUAGCCUUACCGUCCUCGGCGGGGGUCACAGCAGCCACUGUGUCUUACCAAAUGUAGUCUCGAUCGACAUGGCCGCAUUUGACCAAAUACAUCUCCACCCGGUCGCGGACGAUGAAGCCAAAUUCAGUUCCUCUUCCGGCUCCGCUUCCGACAAGUUGGUUGUCGCUGGGGCCGGCUGCAACACUGGUGAUAUCGUCCGUAAAACCAUGGCGGCAGGCGUCAUAGUGCCCCUGGGGGGCCGCCCAAGCGUGGGAGCGGGGCUGUGGUUACAAGGCGGCAUUGGCCACCUGGCUAGGAAGCAUGGGCUCUCAUGUGACGCUGUCGUCGGCGCUGUGAUGGUCAGCGCGGCCUCUGGUCAGGUCUUGUACAUCGGUCGUGUACCAAGCCAAUUCCGGCCAGCUGGUGCGGUGCGCCCGGAAAAUGAACAUGACCAGCUCUGGGGAAUAAAAGGUGGAGGAACCAACUUUGGCAUCGUCAUCAGCGUUAUCUUCAAGUCUUACGCGGCUCCAAAAUACUCUGUUCGGAACUGGAUUGUCUCGUUGAGCGACAGCCAGGCGGCGCGCGUCAAACUCAGCAAUUUCGAUGAACUCGUCGCUAGGAAGCUGCCACGAAACUGUUCUGCAGAUGCGUAUCUAUACCAGGACGGCGCCGGAAAGCUGCAGCUUGGCGUGACCAUGUAUGAGUCUUCGACGACGGAGCCCCUCUCAGAAGUACCUGCAUCUGUAGUAGGUACGGUGCUGAGGCCGGAAGACAAUACCAAGGUUGUAGACAGCGUCGGCUUGUUUGAUACCGAGCUGUACAUGUCAGGGAUGCACGGCGGGCAUGGCAGCGGCAAGACCUCUUCGUUCAAGCGAUGUGUAUUCUUGAAGCACAUUGGAGGAGCGACGGUCACCAACAAUUUAAUUGCAGCUAUGGAGACGCGCCCACCGCCGCUCUGCUACCUCCAUCUCUUGCAAGGCGGCGGAGCUAUAACAGACGUGGCGGCCGAUGCGACUGCUUUCGGCUGUCGAGACUGGGACUUUGCCUGCGUCAUCACUGGUGUCUGGCCCCGUGACCAAGAUGCGACUGAAGUCGCUCGAAGCGCCGUGCGAUGGGUUUACAACGUCGCCAUGGACUUGUUACCCCUGAGUAGCGGUGUUUACGGAGCUGACUUAGGACCCGACCCCAGAGAUACCGCGCUGGCUGUCAAGGCUUUUGGAUCGAACCGGCCGCGUCUGGCUCGUCUCAAACAGGUAUCGGACCCAUUCAAUGUACUGGCACAUGCUUGUCCGCUCCCGAAAGCUCCUAUGGAACCGAAGCUCAUCAUUCUUGUCACGGGCGAGAGCUGCGCCGGCAAGGACUACUGCGCCGAAGUCUGGGUUUCGGUGUUCACGACCUUGUGCACUCAUAAUAACAGGGCCUUGACAGCAUGCGCUAUCAGUAUCAGCGAUGCAACUAAGCGAGAAUAUGCGGCAACUACCGGUGCUGACCUGAAUCGCCUGCUUGGGGACCGUGCCUACAAAGAACAACACCGCCCCGCGUUGACGGAAUUCUUCCAAGACCAAGUGCUUCAACGACCCGGGCUGCCAGAGGAACAUUUUCUCAGUGUGGUGCAUGACGCUGCCGCCUUGAACGUGGACGUGCUGCUCGUCACUGGGAUGAGAGACGAGGCACCGGUCGCAGCCUUGUCGCACCUAGUGCCAGACAGCAAAAUGCUUGAGGUUCGGGUUCAAGCUAGCCACGAGACGCAGCGUGCUCGCCAUGAAGGCCAGCUCAGCGAAGAUAAGAACGGCAAAAGUGUUGAUGGCACGGACCACAAGGACAGCAAAGAGGGAAGGUUGGACGUCACAGCCUUAGACUGCUCUCCCACCAGCAGCAGUCUCAUCUUCGACAAUGACACUACCGGGGAUAAGGCAGCAAAGAGUUUUGCCGAACACUACCUGCUUCCGUUCUUGAACGAGGACCUGCAGCGGCUGGCUGAUAUGAUGCGCCCGGUACCUGACUUUCCACGCCCGGGCAUCAUGUUCCGCCACGUACUCGACAUCGCUCAGCAGCCAGGUGGGCUGGCAACGUGCACGAGUCUUCUUCAGAGUCACUUCCUUAGGGAUUGGACAAAAGUUGAUGUAAUUGCUUGUUGCGAAGCCGGCGGUUUUGUCUAUGCAUCGGCGCUAGCUGCGAGGGUUGACAUACCGCUGGCGUUGAUUCGCGAAGCUGGCAAGCUCCCACCACCGACCGUAUCUGUCAUCAAGUCCGCAUCGCAUAUCUCGUCUUGGGCCUCGAACGACUCAAGCGAGAAGCGGAUAGAAAUGAAUCGGGAUUUGAUAUCCAAAGAUUCUUCAGUGGUGGUGAUAGAUGAUGUGCUUGCUACGGGGAAGACGCUCUGUGCAGUGCUGCAGUUAUUGGUUGAUGAAGCUGGUAUUAGUGCUGAAGAUGUUACUGUUAUGGUUGUUGCCGAGUUUCCUGCUCAUAGAGGUCGGAAACUGUUGCGCCGACAAGGGUUUGGCCAAGUUCAUAUUCAAAGCCUUGUAGUCUUGGGUGGUGCAUAAGCUGAUACGGGGAUGAUUAAUGAAACGCGAGAAAUAGAAGGUUGUGUAGAAUCUUGGAAUUAUUGUAGUGUCUAUUUCAC